GGCGUCACGGCGUGCGGGAGCCAGUCUUCUCAGCAUGCGUUGGCGCUCUGCAGUAACAGCUUGGUGACCAGACAGUGUGGACAUGCUUGACGGGGUGGUCAACAAGUUCAUUCAAGAUGGUUAUGUGGUGCUGGAUGAUUUCCUGACAGCUAAUGAGGUAGAGGAGUUAAGGAAAGCUGGAGAUGAGCUCAUCCAGAACAUCCCUGAGGAAUCUCACAGAGCUGUGUUCAGUACCACAGAUGCUCAACAGAGCAAAGACAAAUACUUCCUGGGGAGCAGUGACAAAGUGAGUUACUUCUUUGAGGCUGAUGCAGUGGAUGAGAAUGGCAAGCUACUGGUGGAAUCCAAAAUAGCACUCAAUAAAGUAGGCCAUGCUCUGCACUGGUUAAACCCCACCUUCAAGAAACACACAUUUUCUGAGAAAGUGAAAGAAACUUGUUUCCAGCUAGGACUUGUGGAGCCUGUUAUUGUACAGAGCAUGUAUAUCUUUAAAAAUCCUGGUGUUGGCAGUGAAGUUAUACCUCACCAAGACGCUACUUUCCUGCACACAGAUCCUGUAAAGUUGGUGGGGUUUUGGAUAGCUCUUGAAGAUGCAACUUUAGAAAAUGGAUGCCUGUGGUUUGCUCCUGGAUCUCAUAAGAGUGGUGUGCACCGGCGCUUCAUUCGGAAUCCAAAUCCUAACUCUGAACAACUGCUGAUAUACGAUGCACCAGCGCCUUGCUAUCCAAUAUCUAACUUCCAGCCAGUCCCUGUUAAUAAAGGUGCGUGUGUGCUGAUCCAUGGCCAGGUGGUCCACCGUAGCAACACAAACAAAUCAGGAAAUUCUCGACAUGCAUACACAUUUCAUGUGGUAGACAUGCAUGGAACUACUUAUUCACCUGAUAACUGGCUGCAACCAAGUCCUGAUCAGCCGUUUCCACAAGUCUACAAGAACUGAAAAACAUCAAAGCAUAGUGCUACAGCAAAGCUACUUGAAGAAAUAUUUCCCAUUGUUUAUAGAAAUGAAAUCAUCAGAAACAAAUGUUAUCAAAUAAAAAGUAUGGAACUAAUAUGUAUGUGAUUUUUCCUUGAGAGAUAAGGAACGGAGAGUUGACAACAUUCAGACUGGAGAGAAGAAAAGGGACACAGCAUGUGACAAAGUAAUUGCCAAAUAUUUUAUCUGUCAUAAGGCACCACUAGAUAUAUGUCCUUGCUGUAUAUUUUCUCAGUCAGUAGGAAACACACAAAUGUACACUCAGUAAUUGUGAUGUGGUAUAUUCCUGAUUAAAUCCAAAUGAGCAUACGAUUGACUUUUCAUUCAAGUACACCCAUGUUCACUACCAAAUACAACUUUAAAUUCCCUGAUGUUCUAAAAUAAUAUUUUAUUUACUUCAUGCUACAUGUUUCAUUUGUUUCUAAAAAUUUUCUGGGGUAAAUGCCAUAAUAUUUUUAAACAGAAUCCAUACAUUAGAAAAAUGAUGUACUCCUGAAGAUGUCUGAAAAAAAUAGAUGAAACAUGUACAGUGAAGUAAGUACAGUAAAAUUUUACAGCAUCAAAGUAUUGUAAGUUGUACCUGAUGAACAAAGGUGUUAAUUAUAAGCAACACAAAGGUAUACUGUACAUAUAUCUUUCCUCACAGUAUAAUCAAAUCAGUUGAUUCUAACAUCUAUGACUAACACCUUGAUCAUUACAUUAGUUAAGUCCUCCAUUCAUCAUUCAAUUUACAAAUGUUUAUUUCUUCAGUAGUUCAAAUGUUGUACAAUAGCAUCUUCUCAAAUAUCUGAGGAAUUUAAAUAAAUACUAACUGCACAUAUGCUAAGUGACUUGUCUUUUGUGGCCAUAUGUGUUCACUGCUUUCACAGUUCAGUUGGCUAUGUAGAUUUCAAUUUACUGUUUCACUAUAGAUGUUUGCUUUUCAAUUGAUUUUUCAUAACUAGCUCAGGAACACAGUUACCUGACUGACACAGAGAGUGGGGGGAAUGUUUCUUCGGUCACAAUUUUUUUAAACUGUGCUCCCACAUUCAAAACAAAAAAUUAAUAUCUUAUAGUUUAACAAUAUGGAAAUGAAAACAGAAAUUGGUAUGUACCUGCAUAUUUAGGUAAUAACAGUCUUGAACAAUAUAUAUAAAAUACAGAAAUGUGAAAAUCAAAAUGGAACUGGCAUGUAUCUGUACAUUUACCAAAUAAAUAUAUUGUCACGUG